UAAACCCGUCGGGCGUUUGGAUGGUGCUCCGGUAACCUUUUGCCUGGCGAUCUUGGUCAUUUCGUUGAUCUUUAUCCUUGUGAUCUUUGUGAAUCUUCCAGGAUUAUGACCUUGGCCAACAUAUAGCAAUACUUAUAGUAUAAGGUUUACCGGACGACCAAAAGGCGACGAAGGGCCUCUUUUUGGAAUGUUUUUGAGGAGAUUUAUUUUUGGAUAGGUUUUUGGGAGCUAGUACCCUUUUUUUGAAGUUUUGGCAUCAUUAGAUCUAGAUGAUGAAUCCGCCGUGGUCAAUAUGUUGCCGAGGACGAAUAUGAAGAUCAAGAGGCAGCUAUAGCUAAGACUUCUGCACAAGCACAGGGAGGCUUAUGGAUUCCAGCACUAGAUCUGCGAGGUUGUAGAGAUAAGUAUGCAUUUGCAGGAUGACUACAGAAGGUAACGCAGAUGAUGUCAGAUGAGUUUGAGAAUGUUUUGGAAAAUUUGUAAAGGAGACACCUUGCUGCCGGAGAAUCAAUAUGGACAGCAAAUUACUCAACAAGAAUGGACGGCGCUAAGACUAAUUGAUUGCGACUACGAAGAACGAAGGGCACUCCUUUAACGUCGGACUUAAGACGCAAAGAAGACUUCAUAUGUUGACUCAGUCAUGUGAUUUCGAAGAGCAAACUUUUUCUGAUGAAUUCAGUGGCCUAGGCGUUGGUCUGUUUGCUUAUCAUUUUCUACACAAUGAAUCCGAACAAUUGCACUAAAGAAACCUAAUAAUUAUUGAUAUUGAUUGCAACCAGGUUCAGGUAGAGGCGCUUCAACAUAGGAGGAGCAGCUUACUCGUCCACAAUAAAUUGGCGAGAAUUUGUGAUUGCAACAUCCUAGCAUCUAGACUUCUUCAUAGAGGCACGCCCUUUGAUGAAAGCAUCUUCGUUGAAGAGCAAGCGCGACUUUCUGAUAGAAGGGGCAUGCUUAUCUUCUUUGACGAGGAUCGCCUCUUCAUAAUUGAAGAAGAGCAUGCACUUCUUCAUAGAAGCACGUUGUGCGUGAAGAUAAGCACUUUCUCACUGAGCACUGACUUCUACAGUGAAGGACGUUGUGCAUGAAGAUGGACACUUCUACAUAGAAUUCAGCAACAGAGGAGCUCCACUUCCACUUCAACAUUA